GCACCCACCCAAGAGAUGAAGAGAAGAGAAGUAUCCGGAAUAUACGCAUGGUCCUCAUGAGCUGUGAGCCUGUGACGUAAAUGGAUGUUUUUCGUUCUCUCAGCGGCCACUGAACAUCUGGCAGCACGUGCACCCGCUCUGAGCGAUUGAUCCGAGCCUGACCUCCUUGAAUCUCAGGAAGUAAGAGAUUCAAGUUGAUUUGGGAGGAGGGUGUGGGUUCUAUUUGCCGGAUCUACCUUUUAUUCCUUCAGGAAUGGUUUCCAAAACAGCUGUUGUCUUGCUGAUGGGUCUCUUGGGAAUGGUUUUUCAGGCAACGCAACUUCCCCCUCCACAAACUACACCGGCAGCAGAGCAUUCUCCUGUAACCUCAUUAAGAAUCAGGCUUGGAGAUGGAAGGUACUUGGCUUACAGAGAGAGAGGUAUCCCCAAGGAAAAAGCUAAAUACAAGAUCAUUCUUGUGCAUGGCCUCGGAAGCUCCAAAGAGAUGAACUUUCUGGCACCACAAGAACUAAUAGAUGAGUUGGGCAUAUAUUUUCUACUAUUUGAUCGAGCGGGAUACGGAGAAAGUGAUCCGGACCCGAAGCGCACAGUAAAGGGUGAAGCGCUUGAUAUUCAAGAACUUGCUGAUCAAUUACAGCUAGGAUCCAAGUUUUAUGUGAUUGGAGUCUCAAUGGGAUCAUACUCCACAUGGAGUUGUCUCAAAUAUAUACCAGACAGGCUAGCAGGUGUGGCUUUUGUAGUCCCAACUGUGAAUUACUGGUGGCCUUCUCUCCCUGAUAGUCUAAUUAGGGAGGACUACAGGAGGAAACUUGUGCAGUGGUCUAUCAGGUUUGCAAAUUAUGCUCCUGGACUGGUAUACUGGUGGGCGACUCAAAAAUGGCUUCCUUCAACUUCUGGCCUGGAAAGAAACCCAUUAUUCUUCAAUGACCGAGAUAUAGAUAUUUUGAAGACUAUAUCAGGAUUCCCAAUGCUCACCAAGGAUAAGUUACGAGAGCGAGGUGUUUUUGAUACUCUCCGCCGUGACUUUAUGCUAGCUUUUGGAAAAUGGGGAUUUGAUCCAAUGGAUCUAAGCAAUCCGUACCCUCAAAAUGAAAGCUCAGUGCACAUAUGGCAAGGUUAUGAAGAUAAGGUUGUGCCCUUUCAACUUCAAAGAUUUGUUUCAGGGAAGUUACCUUGGAUUCGAUACCAUGAAGUUCCAGAUGGUGGACAUUUGCUUGUGUAUUACACUAGUGUAUGUGAGGCCAUUUUAAGGGCACUUUUGCUUCGAGAGGAACCAGUUUCAUAUAGACCUAGAACAGCCUUAGAUUGCUAUUGAAGUUGUCUCCACUUUACAAAGAAUACUUAAAGGUGAUUUAUUUUUUUCUUCUUUUAUAAUUUUCAGUGAUUGUCAAAUAUGUACAUUACAUUUGUUACUGGAAAUUUGAAAGGUAUAUCCUUGUUUGUGUA